CACAAUUAGGCCCCCAUAAUAACCAGAGACUUUUUAAUUAAAAUAGUCUGCUUUUGGGUGUCUUAGAGAUCCCACUUCCAUGAGUACUUUAGAUAUUCUGUAAAGAGAAAACAAAGUAAGUAUGUUUCAAGGAAGAGCCAUAGAUUAAUAUUCCAUUGUGAGCCAACAUUGCAGGUCCAUUGGUUUUUUUCCUAGGAAAUGCUGUCUGAAUCUCUGAAGAUGUACUAAUACUCCUGGUGGGCAUGAGAUUGGGAAAGGCAACCCAGAAGGUUCUUAGAUGGGCCAGUGGUUCAGUCUGAUAUAAGAAUAUUAGCAUCUUCUUGUAUUCUUUAUUGCUGCUUUCCAACAACCCUUCCCUCCAACAAAUCUGCACUGAAGGCUUUGUGAAUUUGAACGUGGGAGCACUGAAUCCUUUGAGGCAGAAUAUUUGACAGUAUUCCCCAGCUUCCUCUUUGCCAUUUUUUUCCUUCUUUCUUCUUUUUAAAUAAUACCUGUUGAGGAUAGAGCCUGGGAUCAUCUGUAACUACUCUACUGUUGGUUUCAACUUGUUUUUCUCAUGGUGGUUCCUGACCAAAUUGAUCUUUUCACAGACCAUGUUACUGAGAGGGUUUGGGUUUAUCUGUGGACUUUUCUUUUGACACAUUCCCUGGUUUGGCUCAUUCAGCUGAAUAGAUUUGCUCUGUGGGCCCUUCCUUCUGAUGUGCAUCCAAGUGGUCCUGUGUUUAGGCCAGCUAGGCCUUGGGCCUUUCUAGCCCUUCAGGUCCUCAUGGCUUCCUCAUUUUCAUCCUGAAAGCAGAAUAGGCCUGUGGUUGUUUUAGGCAAUUAUUGCAUCAUUCCAUUCCCAAAGAUGUAACCAUCAUGCAGUACAAUAGUUAAAGGGCAGUGCUGUUCCUAGACGUGAGAGCAGCUCCCAAAUUUUUGAUCCAAGACGGCCAUCCUGUUGCUUGUCUGCCAUAAAACCCUAAAUACCUCCUCCCAGAGGCUUGGAUCCCAUCUUGGAUCCUCUGCCUGCUCCAAGAGAAUGCCAUUCCUCUGUUUGCCUUGGCUCUUCUGUUGAAUUGGAGGCACUUAUUUAAUGUGGUUGUGUGUGUUUCCUUGCAAACUUUUCCAGAAUGGCCUGGAACGGCAUAAUACGACCUCUUUAUCCCUGAUGAAAUUCUCAGUCAGAUUGCAGUAAGCCAAAACAUUUGUCAACAGGCCAGGUCAUGAUCACUGGUCUCCGUAGUUCAUACUGACCAAAUGAAUAUAGAUUGGUGUGAACAGUUUCUACCAGCACAGAUGAUAGUGGGAUUUGCAGGCUACAGCAUUAGUAGAAUUGGAAUCUAUCUGGUUGAUCUGUUCAUCAGAGAAAGAACCCCGCACCAACCAGCUGUUGCUCCUUCCCAGUCCCUCCUGGGAAUGCUUUGUCUCUAGCUCUCUUCAAAGCUUGUCUCCCCAAACAGGUGGGUGACCUUCAGCUACGCAAAAUGGACGAACUUGACUGCCUUAUCAAGGGAGUUCUCUACAUUGAUUCAGUGGGGUUCAACGGACACUCGGAGUGCUACUAUUUUGAAAACCCCACAGAUCCUGAAAAAUGUCAGAAGGUCCCCUUCAACUUGGAGAAUCCCUACCCUCUCCUUUUGGUGAACAUUGGCUCGGGGGUCAGCAUCUUAGCAGUCUAUUCCGAAGACAAUUACAAGCGAGUGACAGGGACCAGUAUUCACUGGACACCAGCCAUGAUUGGUAUGUCUUCUUUGCUAGCCUUGGAGGAGGAACGUUUUUUGGCCUCUGCUGUCUUCUGACCGGCUGCUCCACCUUUGAAGAGGCUCUUGAAAUGGCAUCCCUUGGAGACAGCACAAAAGUGGACAAACUAGUGCGGGAUAUUUAUGGAGGGGACUACGAGCGCUUUGGGCUGCCAGGUUGGACCAUAGCAUCCAGCUUUGGAAACAUGAUGAGCAAAGAGAAGCGAGAGGCAGCUAGCAAGGAGGACCUGGCACGAGCAGCCUUGAUCACCAUCACCAACAACAUUGGCUCCAUUGCACGAAUGUGCGCACUGAAUGAGAACAUUAAUAGAGUGGUUUUUGUGGGGAACUUCUUGCGAAUCAACACCAUCUCCAUGAAGUUUCUGGCCUAUGCUUUAGACUACUGGUCAAAGGGACAACUGAAGGCGCUUUUCCUGGAACAUGAGGGAUAUUUUGGAGCAGUGGGAGCUCUUCUGGAGCUUUUGGAAUCAUCCUGAAUCCACUGAGAGUCUGGACGCCAGAUUCAACAAGGGAUUUCUACCCAAAGCGGAACAUCUGUCUUCAUUUAGUUUUAUUUGUAAAAACGGCCACCUAUUAACAGCGGAAGCAAAGUGGUUGUGAAUGACGUCAUCAGUCUUUGCAGAGAAGGACAAAUGGAGUUUUUUGUUCUUAAAGGUAACUGAAUAUAGGUUAGUUGGUCAGAAUGCCUAUCUGUCUAUGAAAGUGGGUGGAUUGUGUGGAUCCAAAAAGUUAAGAGGCGCGCUUGCUCAGUCCUGUGUCAAGCAACUUUUCUUCCGUGGACUUUGAGGUGGCCGCAGCUGUCCCUUAGUGCCAGUUGUGCUUUUUUAGCAAUUAUUUGUAAGUAUUGUUCUAUUUACUAAUCUUGUAUGAACUCUUGAAGGACUGUGUGCAUUUUCAUAAUGGCGUCAAGAUGUGCAGAAUAUGAAAACACACCAAAAAUAUUAAAUCUGUUUUCUUAAAA